AUGGAUCCAGCAUUGCUUAGAGAACGGGAACUCUUUAAAAAGAGGGCUCUUAUUACACCAACGUGAGUACAUAUGAGUUUCUUUUCCUAACCUCAAAUUCCAUAGAAAAUAUAUUUUAUGUUUAAAAUGAAUAUUGAACUUAAAAUGUUGUAAAAUUUAAUUGCAAGAUUUAGUAAGUAAUUUAAAUGCAUGAGUUGUUUAGAUGAGAUUGCAAGAUAUACAAACUUUAAAACUAAACAUAAUCUAUGCAAAGUUUGAUAGAAUAUUGUAAAUAAUCUUGUUUUUAUAGGAUAGAAAAGAAGAAAAAAGAACAGGAAAAAGAUAUCGUACGAGAUGAACCACUCAAGAAAAAACCAAAACCAUCUUUUGUGUCUAGUGGCCCAAAACUGGACAUGGUUAAUUACAAAACUAUGUCUGGUAGUACGCAAUACAAAUUCGGUGUUUUAGCCAAAAUUGUAAAGCAUAUGAAAGCCAGGCAUCAAGAGGGAGAUGAUCAUCCGUUAACGUUAGAAGAAAUCUUAGAUGAAACAAACCAAUUAGACGUUGGAUCUAAAGUAAAACAAUGGCUUCAAACAGAAGCUCUUAUUAAAAAUCCAAAGAUAGAAGUAACUUCAGAUGGUAGAUUUGUGUUCAAAGCUAUGUAUAAAAUUAAAGAUAAGAAAUCUUUAUUAAGAUUAUUAAAACAACAAGAUUUAAAAGGCCUUGGUGGAAUAUUAUUAGAAGAUAUACAAGAAAGCCUGCCACACUGUGAUAAACAUUUAAAGAGUUUACAGAAUGAGAUAUUAUUUAUAACAAGACCCUUAGAUAAGAAAAAAAUAGUAUUUUAUAACGAUAAAACGGCCCAGUUCCCAAUAGACGAUGAAUUUCAAAAAUUAUGGAGGGCUGUUGCAGUUGAUGCGAUGGAUGAUCAAAAAAUUGAUGAAUACUUAGAGAAACAAGGAAUACGAUCUAUGCAAGAUCAUGGUCCGAAAAAACCAGCACCGAUUAAACGAAAGAAACCUAUUAGUAGGAGAAAACAAUUCAAAAAACCAAGGGAUAAUGAACAUUUAGCAGAUGUUCUAGAAACGUAUGAUGAUGCGAAGUGAGUAUUCUUUGAAUUUUGUAAGUACGUGAAUCUGUGACAUAGGUGUUAAAAGAGAAAUAAGAAUAUCUUAUUACCAUAACUUUUUAUGAACAUUAUUAUGUAAGAAAAACCGUCUAUUUUGCAGUUAAGAUUUUAGUGUUACAUAUCACAGUGAUAUAAUAAAUAAGUAAAAUAUUUAUUGUCAUAAUUUCAUUGUAAGUACAAAAUAAAUAUAGAUCAAUUAUAUAUAUUACAUGAUUCCAUAUCUAUACGUAAUGCUCACAUAAGUUACAUUUAUAAUCAGCCUCGUGAAGUGAACAAAUUACAUAAUCUUUUCAUGUUUAUAGUAUGGUAGCAAGGUAG